UGCUAAUUAGGAUAUUUUUGCCACGAGAUUUCCCUCGCCCUCAAUAACGAACGCCUGGGGCUCGUAGCUUCCACAGUAGCUUUCUCUGUCAAAUCCAAUCCGUUUAUCACUCACUCAACAUAUACAACUAGAAUCACUUCUUUGCAUUGAAAUUGAUAAAACUCGGAUUCAGGUUCAAUGGUUCGAACUCGAAGAGCCAUUCAAAAAAUGCCUCAUCGGAUAUUCUGGAAAGAAGAUUCAAGGAGCCCUUUGACUCUAUUCCCUCUUCAGACGAGCUUUACAUUUUUGGGGAGGGGUUUAUGCUCAAUGUGCUUGUUGCCAAUGCAUGUGAAGAUAAGAAGCUCUCCAUUUUAAAGCAGGUGGCAGCCACUUUGGUGAAGGGAUUGAGUUCAAGUCCUACUGCCUUGAUCAAGAAAAUAGCUGGAUUGGUGCAGUCUCCUGGUUUGUGAUUACUUGCCUCUGACAUCAUGGUAUCGAUGUGCUAGGUCAAAUUAAACAAUGGUUCAUGUUGUUCUCGGGCAAUUUUGUUCAAAGUUUUUGCUGAUACUUUUGGUCUUGAUGGUAGGCUCAUGGUGGUAAUCAAAUAAUUUUAUUACUUAAAAGAGAAUAUACGGGGGGUGUACAAUCACUUUAAGCCAUUAAGGAACAACAUGAAAUUAGGCAACCCAUCUACAGAAUUUCUAGCCACAGCAUUAAACCAAGAAUACAAGGAUAUUCUGCUUCUGGAUCUUUCAAGAAUAAGUGAGGUGGAUUGGAGCCUAUCACUGUGCUUCUCAACAGCUUGGCUUCCAAAGAGUGGACUUAAAAUUAAUGUGGAUUCCCAGUAUAUUUCAGCUAUUGCCCAAAUCUUUCCCUUUUUCUUUCCCUGUUCUCAGGGUUUACCUAGAGGAGGAGUAAUGGAACGAGCAGAUUCAUUUAAGCAAAUGUCUGCCAUAGUUGUUUUGAAUUCUGUAGAACUCCUAGGUGAUCUUAUGCAUUUUCCGGGCAAGCUGACACUAAGCUCUGGAGAGGCACUUUUUCUUACUCAUCUCUACUGGUGAGAGUGAUUCUGCAGAUAAUAACUCAUAUGAUUCGCCUACUGAUUAUCUUUUCAGAUCAAGCAGAUGUUCAACGUUUACCGCACUGGCACUGAUAACCUGAUGUAGAAAAUUCGUUUUCACGGCGCAGCCGGAAGAAAGUCAUUGUUAAACAAAGGACAGCCAGUUCAAGGAUGCAAGGAACAUGACUGAACAAGAAUGAGAUUCAAAAAGGAAGAGGAACAGAGAGGAGAAAGAGAAGAAGAGGAAGAGGGAGAGAGAGUGAAGAAGAGGGAAAGAACAAAAAGAAUUCAGGGCGAGAAUAUCAAUUCAUUUCAUAUCAACAUUGUCUGUUGUUGUAUAUCCGAUAGAUGCUUGUAGGAGAAGACGAAGUUGUAUUAUCAUGAUACCAGAGAUUGGUGAUGAUACUGUAAGCUCUACCUGCUUUUUUGGUUCACAUAACAUUGACGGUGAGCUUGAAUCAAGGGCCUUUCGAACGAUGAAUCAAACUCCAAGGAGAAAUCGUCCUCCCAAGGAACAAGUAAAUUUUACACAGAGAUCUACAAGUGAAACAGAUGAUAGCUCAGAUCUACAAGAAAGUCUAUCAAGGUUCAAUCCUGAAAACCAUAUGAAAUAUAGUGUUCAUGGGAAGCAAAAGGCAAUAUCACUUCCAUCACCUCCUCAAUGUUUUGGCAAUCAAGCUUCUCUUAGGGAUAAGGCAAGCACAAUAUCUGCCAGUCCUGAUAUGAUGUCAAUAUUCAAUAAAGUGCUUGGAACAUCAAAGAUUCUGAAGAAGCCAUUGUUACCCUUUCAAGAAUGGAACAUUGAUUUCUCUGAAAUUACCAUUGGAGCCCGUGUUGGAAUCGGAUUCUUUGGGGAAGUUUUCUGUGGCACUUGGAAUGGAUUAGAAGUGGGGAUCAAAGUGUUUCUGGAACAAGAACUGACUGUUGAGAAUGUUGAAGAUUUUUUCAACGAAAUAUCUAUCUUAAGCCGUAUCCGCCACCCUAAUGUUAUUCUGUUCCUUGGUGCUUGUACAAAGCCUCCUCGCUUGUCCCUGGUUACUGAAUAUAUGGAGAUGGGAUCACUGUAUUAUCUGAUCCAUGUAAGUGGACUGAAAAAGAAACUUAGCUGGAAAAGGAGGGUUAAAAUGCUUUGUGAUAUAUGCAGGGGACUGAUGUGCUUACAUCGAAUGAAAAUAGUACAUCGUGAUUUGAAAAGUGCGAACUGCCUCUUGAAUAAGAAUUGGACAGUGAAGAUAUGUGAUUUUGGGCUUUCACGAGCACUGACUACUGUGCCAAUGAAGGAUUCUUCUUCUGCUGGAACUCCGGAAUGGAUGGCACCAGAACUUCUUCGCAAUGAACCCUUCACUGAGAAAUGUGAUAUUUUCAGCCUUGGUGUCAUCAUAUGGGAGCUGUGCACGCUCAAAAGGCCAUGGGAAGGUGUUCCAUCUGUUCGAAUUGCUGGGCAGAACCAGAUGAACGUCCUAACUGCCAGGAAGUUCUCGCGCGCCUCCAUGAGUGGGAAGGCACGCUGGGUUAGGUUGGUUCUUUUGAUUUGUGUUAACGCCGUGAUGGAAGUAUUGAGAGUUGUUGCAUGGGGAAUUUGUACAUAAAUAAACCCAUUUUGUGACUAGAUAAUGCUUC